AAUAAUAAUAAUAAUAAUAAUAAUAAUAAUAAUAAUAAUAGUGAUCGUCCACCAUUAUUUCGUUUCCAACGUGAAACUGAGAAGACACACCGUGAAGUUUCAGAAUCUCAUCAUCAUCAACAUAAUCACUACUACCAUCAACAAGAACCUUAUAUGCAAGAGAGAGGACGUUCUCGUAGGGGAAUGAGUGAAAAAAGAACAACUCUUACAACACCUCCUACAGUCUCUAUUGCUACUUCUACAGCCUGUCUUGCUGCUCGUUGUUUACGAUUACUUAUUCAAUAUGCCCCAUUUUAUCGCUAUGCGGGUUUUUAUCUUAUUCAACACAUUCCUUCUAUUUCACGUUUGUUGGAGGUGAGUGUGCGAUUAGCAGAAGAACACGAAACUCAUCGCUGUAUAGAUGAAGCGGCACUGAUGUUGACAGUGGAGUUGGCAUUAUUAUUUGGACUCGCACUGGCGCAGGAUCCACGAGGGCGACAAUUACUCGCAUCAGAAUUCUGCAAUCAUCAUAGUGAGGCACAACAGGUGCGUCGUGCAUUGAUCUCUAAUCUAAAUCUUGUUUCACUAUCGUACUUGAGUAAUAGUAAUAAUAAUAAUAAUAAUAAUAAUAAUAGUGUUAUUAUUAAGGGUAGAGUUGAUCCUACUGAUUAUGCGAGAGAAACGGCGGCGGUUGUGGCUAUUGGAUUCCCUGUAGUAGAUGUGACUGGAGUGCGAAUAAAUGCAGUGGAUGGAGUUGUGUGGGAAUCACCAGACCGUCCAUCACGUACGGCCGUGCAUGAUCUCUUCAGACUGCAGGAAGAGCGAUGGAAUAGCGGUGGAGAGAAACAACAACUAUCGGUUGGUUCCUAUGAAAGAACUCGUAGUAGAAAUAAUAAUAAUAAUGAUAAUAAUAAUAAUAAUAAUAAUAAUAAUAAUAAUAAUAAUAAUAGUCAUGAUAAUUAUAGUGAGGAUAGAAGUCAUGUUGGGAUGCGCCAUGGUGAGUGGAAAGAAGGGAGUGGAAUUCAAACCGCGUUAACAUCAUCAUCAUUAUUAUUAUUAUCAUCGGAUGAAUAUCGUCAACAGCGACUCACCUUUAUUGUAUUAAGUUAUGCGAUUCAUUAUACAUUUAAGUUUGCCUGUGAAAAUGCGGCAACGGCGUUAAACUUUACUGCGGCUUUACGUGGAAUGGUAGAGAAUACAGAUGUGAGUUAUACUAGUACUACCACUCCCCCCAUUACCACAGCAGCAGCAGCAAGAAGAAAAGAAAGAAAAGAAAAAGAAGAGAAAGAAAUAACAACAGGAAGUGCAAUUCCUUCUCUACAAACUUCUCCAUCUAAUAAUAAGAAACCGCAUCGUUACUAUAAUGAAUACUUGGUAGAUACAAACAAACGAACAGAGAAUACAUCUCAACAACAACAAGGAGAAGAAACAUCAAUGUUAUCUCCAGCCCCACGGAAUCCUCGCGAAGGUGUUCUUAACACAUCAAAGGCUACAGCAGCAUGGUCUGAAGAUGAUGAUAAUAAUGAUAAUGACAAUCCUAACAGGAAUCCUCCUCAUCAUCCUCCUCAUCAUCAUCAUCAAACUACAUCUCAUCCAUAUAAUGAUAGUAAUGAUAUCAAUAGUAAUCAAGAUAAUACCUCUUCUGCUCAAAUGGCACAUCCUCUUUCUCAUCAGGAGGCUCAAAUAUUCCUUCGCUUUCAUCGUUCCUUAAAUCUUUUUUUAGAUCUUGCCCACUUCUAUGAAAAGCGUAUAAUGUCAAAGUGUAAACGUUUACCGGUUGUGUAUGAGGCGACGGGUGAAAAGGGAAUGGUGCGACGUCAAGGAAAAUAUGAAGUCCGGCAAACAAUAGCGAAACUUUUACAAGCAACUAAAAAUACCAACAACUCCAACUUUUUUUCUUCUUCUUCUUCUUCUUAUGGAGAACCAUUACAAUUACAUCAACAACAACAACAACCAUCGUUAAUGAACCGUGGAAGUGUUGGUCGUUUGCAUGGUAAUCAUUUACGUUCAUGGUCUAUAAAUGAUUUACAGGAAGAGGAUUUAUUUUAUUUUUAUAUUUCAUAUAUGGAUUUGACAAUAGAAGCUCUUCAGUUUACACGUCGGGAGGCUUUAGCCCAUAGUCGUCGAAUGAAAAGAUUAUUUGCCAUUACACCGCAGUCUGCAAAGGGACGACGAUGGUUAUUACAUGAUGUUGUUACUAAUAUUAUGCCUGGUGUUAUUCAUGCCUUAUCACAAUUUAUUCAAUGGUUUGAUCAUUAUGGUGUGGAGAGUAUAAAACUUAUAUUAUUGAUUUAUUUUCAAAAUGAUGAUAAGGAUAAGAUAAGAAAAUCAACGGAAGAUUUAAGAAAUCCACAAGAGAGUGAUAAUAAUAAUAAUCCUAAUAUUAAUAGAAGUAGGAUGUAUACAGAAACAUCCCCACCAUUAUUCUUAUCUUCUCUAAAUAAUAACAACCAUACUGAACAGACUGUGGAGGAGAAGGAUACCACUUCAUUACCACAACCAGAAGAUGUCGCUUUACAUUCAGGGAAUUUAAUUUCACUUUUACAACAAGUGGCUUUUUAUUUAAAUCGUCGAAACCAAAUGGAAGACGAACAACAACAGGGAGAGACAUUUACGGCCUCAUCCAUUCAUCAUAAUGGAUUGAGUAACAGAAGAAGUGUACCGCAAUUUUUCCAAUCCCCAUCUAUUAGAAGAGAGCGCGGAAAAGAAGAAGAAGAAGAAGAAAAAGAAAAAGAAGUAAAAGUAAACACAACACCAUCUGCAGGAAGAGGAAGAUCACAUGUAUUAUCAACCUCACCAAAAACAAAGAGAUCUGUUUUCUUAAAUGAUAUUGAACGAGAGAUUGAGCGAUUGCAAAGUCUGGAAUUUCGUGGAGAUGAAGAUACUAGCAGACUUGUAGAAACACUUCUUCUUCCGGAUGUAUAUGCCAGUCCCUACGAUACACUUCGCCAGCAGAGUAGUGAUGUCCUGCAGAAUAAUGAAGUUGAUGAAUAUGGGGAUGAAAUAGAGGAGGAAGAAGAAGAAGAAGAGGAUGAAUUUGAUGAGGAGAAGGGUUUCUAA